CAGUUGCAGUCACAGUCGCCAUCACCAUUGCCAUCAGGAUCUGCAUCUCCCUCAGGUGUCCUGAGCGACCAUCCAGCCACUUUGAGUGUGAACAGCUAUUGGCAUGCCACGCCCCCGCAAGGCGUAGCAAAAAGGGGCUGGAACAGGAACAGGAGGAGCAGGAGCUGGAACCGGAAGAAGAAGCGUAAAUAAAUAUGAUAAAGCUUAAGAAUAUAUAAUAAAGGGGAGAAGACAGCGGCCGAAGAGGAAGGAAAGUUUAAAUGAAAUAACGCAAUAGAAAAACAUAAAUAACUAAGGAAAGAGCCCAAGAAGAAGAAGAAGAAGAGGCCAGCGAAGAGGAGCCCCAAAAAGUAGGCAACAAAAAAUCAGUGAAGCUGGCAGGCGAUAGAAAAAGGUGAGGCAUCAUUUCCACCAUUUCGCCCCCAUCCUUUCCAUCCAAAGGAGCUCCUCGCCAGGAUAAGAAGGAGCAUCAAAGGCAGAAGGAGAUUCACCAAGGACCCGGACUUCGACCCGGAGAAAGAGCAGCCGGACAAGAGAGAAUAGAGCUCAAUUACGCCGCCAAACUGUCGUGUCAGCAACAACGUGAAAUGUGCAAUUCCUGGCUGGUGCUCAUAAUUGCGCUCUCCGUUGUCGUCUGCCUGUGGAACUCGCAACAAACCGAAACAUCCAAAUCAUGCCCAGCCGAGUGCAUCUGCUUGUCCCAGACUCAAGUGCUGUGUAACACGGGCGGCCUCGAGCAGAUCCCACUGCGGCAGCUGCCGGCGACGGUGGAGAACCUGGCGCUGACCAAGAACAACUUCCCGAUCAUCAAGCCGGACUCGUUCGCCGGCCUGCGGGCGCUGAAGAAGCUCUCGCUGGACGGUAACAACAUCACGCGGAUCAAGCAGUUCGCCUUCCGCGGCCUGCCGCGCCUCAAGGAGCUCUCCAUCCAGUACACGCCGCUGCAAAUGGUCGCCCAGUUCGCGUUCGCGGGCCUGCAGAAUCUCUCCACCAUCCUGCUGAGCCACAACCAGAUCCAAAGGAUUGAGGGCAACGCCUUCGCGGGCACCUCGAACAUCAAGCUCAUCCUGUUGACCAACAAUCCGCUCAUUCGCAUCGACAGCUCGGCCUUCGCCAGCCUGACGAACGUGGGCCAUUUGAUAUUGCCCUCGGGCAUCCGGAGCAUCGAGCAGGACGCCUUCGCCGGCAUGGACACGGUGGGCCUGCUGAAGCUGGCCUACAUGGACCUCAAGGAGGUGGCUCCGUUCACCUUUCGCGGCCUCUCCAAUGUCCUGCUGCUCACCCUGCAGGAAUCGGAUCUCGGUGUGAUCUGUGCCGACGCCUUCACCGGCCUCUCGCAGGUGGAAACGCUGCAGAUACUGAACAACAAAAUCGACUCGAUCGAGGAGCUGAACUUCACCAGCACGGCGGCCAUCAAGCACUUGAAGUUCUUCGGCAAUCAUGUCCUGGAGACGCCCGAUCCGAAUGCUAUCAUCGUCGACGGGGUGGAGCAUCUGCAGCUGGUGAGCAACCACUUUCCCUGCGGCUGCCACAUCCACACCCUGCUCGAUGGUCCGCUGGCCGAGGGCGCCCACAAUCUGAGCGACUUCCUGCAGAAGAACUACUGCAUAUCGCCGCUGGAGGUCAACGGGCGGGUGAUGAGCGAGCUGGACAUCGACUCCAUUGGCCGCUGCUCCGAUCAGCUGACCAAGGGCAAUCUGGGCAGCUCGGCGGCCUCGCUGGCCCUCGGCAUCAACUCGAUGCUGCUCAUCGCGGUGGCCAGCUGUGCGGAGUGGCGCCACGUCCGCCUGCUGGCCAACCGGCUGGCCCAGCUACUGGGUCACGUGGCUUGGCGGAGGCGGCGGAAACGGCGGAAGGGCAACUAGGCGGAGGUCUCCUGCAACGAUUACCAGAGAGAACUGCAGACUAAAUCUCAAGAACCGAAUUCAAGCAUCAUCUUCCCCCUCCAUUGAAUCCCCUUCUGAUUACCGACUGCCAGGGUAUCUGUCAUCUACUAUAUACAAACGUAGAGUGAAAAAAAAAAAACGAAAAAGUCCUACAGAUUGCCAAAUGUAAAACGCUGCAGUUUUGCUAUCAUCAUGCGAAAUCUGAGAGUCUGAUGCCGUUGAUGUCGCUCGAACUGGAACUACCCUGCGCUACUACCAUCCUUUCCCGAAAAAGUGCUGAACCCUAGGCUAAUCCUGCAACCAGGAUACUGCAUCCUGCAUAUCCUGGGCCCGAGGGCCCAACUAGUUGUUUGCCAGUUGUUUACGUUUUACAUUUUACGUUUCUGUUGCCAUUUCGUUUCUGUUUGCGUUAAAAUGUGAAACGCGGGUAGCGGCAGUCGGCGAAAUGCGAAUUGCGAAAUGCUAAAUCCACAAUACAAAAUGCGGACUGCGGAUUGAACACUAAAUUAUUAUAUCAAAUUUCGAGUCAAAUGUGUGUAAAUCAUAAAGUGAACACAUAUGGACGGCGGGCAUAGACAAAAUCCGAUGUAAGCGUAUUUAAGCAUGUGUAUUUACUUCUAUUUGUAUAUGUAUAUGUGACAGUUGAAUAUAUAUAUGAGACAUAGCUAUAUAACAUUUUUUUUUUUUGAUCAUAGCUGAUAGUUCAUAAAUAACUGGGAUAUUUAUUGGCCAAUUAAUAAAGAUGCAAUUUAUACAAACAUCUAUAUAUGUGAAAAUAAACAACGGCAGAGACAUAAUCUGCAUUACCUAGCCAGAUGGAUAAAGUAUAUAUGCACAUAUCUGUGUGUGUGCGCAUAGCAAGUCUAGUCAAUUAAUGCCACUGUAUCUUGUAUCUUUGUAUCUACGAUAGCUGCAGACAAACAUUUGUACUUAUUUUAUAAAUCGAGUGAAACUAUACGAGUCCGCUAUAUACGGAGCACAACACACUAUUAUUAUAUGGAUAAAUAUGUGAUAAAACGUUUGCAAUGCCACAAACUCACAGAUCUGAGCAAAUGGAGAAUGGAAAAUGGGCUAAAAAUAGCCCCCUUUUCCCCGCACUGCAGGCUGUACAUAUCAACAGGUUACAGGUGGACAACUCUUAUCAAUUACUAACUUGCUUAUCAUCCGAAAUGUAACCCCUAUGCGGAGCAAAGAUAACUGCCAUGUGUACAUUUUAUAGCGAGGCCCCCAAAAACUAACCCAACUAUAUUUAUAAGUCAGCCUCCGAAACGCAAUUCGAACUAACACAAAAAAUUAAAUGUAAAUUGAAACAAUUUGUCCAAACAAUUUGCCGCAAAUCAAAUGAAACAAAACCAAACAACCGAUUUGUUCCGGCAAAUGAGAAAUAAAAAUGAAAAAUGAGAAAUGUUUCCAAGCUAAUUGUUUUCUAGGUGUAUGAGUAUCUGUAUCUGUGUGCUGGCCUGCGUUUGUGUUUGUGUUUGUGUUCGUGUGUGAGUGCGUAUGUGUGCGUGUUUGCAUAUCCUUUUUUGAGGCCCAGGAGAAUUGUUAUUCCAAUUAGACGUGUUAACGAGCGAAAGCAUUGCGCAAAAAACAAGAAAACAAAAAAGAAACCCACAUACAAUAUAUAGUAUACACUUAGAUAUACAAUUAUUAAUUAACGACUAGCUAUCGAAGAUUUUUUUUGUCACCCAUAAUAUUUAUGAGAAACAUUUCCUCGUCAACCCUAAAGCUGCUAUAAAAAUCCAACUCUAAUACCAAACUAAUAAUACUUAUAGUGAAAAGUAAAAAUAAAAUAUAGAAAGUAUCGAUUGUUAAUACUGCGAUAACGUCUUCGAUUAAAUGUAAAAUAGCAUAAAUGUGUGACCUAAGUAAGUUCCCAUCAUCAUUAUUUUAUGUCUAGACUUGAGAAUCGAAUCGAAUGGGAGGAGAAUCGAAUGAGAGAGCCAUCAUAAGCACAUUGCAUUAUAAUACUAAAUAUAUAUAAUGUUAACUGUAGGCUAAAUAUGAGAUAUACAGGUGCAUAACGAUAACGAUAACGAUAAUGAGAUACCAAGCUACAAAGAAAACUAAAUAAAAUGAAAGCGAAAACGAAAACGAAUACCAAACUAAAACCUAUGAAAAA